AUGCUCCCCCGCUUCCUCCGCCUCUCCCGCCUUCCAAGGCCCCUCCUCCCCCACCUCCAAUCCCGCACAAUAAUCCAAACCCACCACCACCAAACAACCGCAGAACCCAACACCCCGCCGCCACCGCCAAGCUCCAGCACGACCAAUGCCGCGUCGGUGGGCACCACGGCCGGAGCGGACCCGAACGCGCCGCUGCAGGGAUCGGUCGGGGCGGGGGAGGCCAAGCGUCACCUACAGGCCCCGAACCGCGCGACCACGUGGUCAAGGUCGCAGCAGCCGAGGGAGUUGGCCAUGGUGGGGCCCAGGUUCGAGAAUACGGAUAUGGAAUUGCAGCCGACGCCUUACGCCGCUAUCGAGUUGAUCCAUCGACAGCCCGUGAGAUUUUCAGAGAAGAGGAUCGUCGUUUGUGAUGGCGGUUUGUCCUCCCCCCCCUUUUUUUUUUGUUACUGCUGCUAUUGUUUGUGUGGGAACUGAUGGUGAUGGGUCGGAUUGGAUACGGUAGGUGGUGGGCCCAUGGGACAUCCGAGGAUUUUUAUAAACGUGGAUAAGCCCGAGAUUGUACCGUGUGGGUAUUGUGGAUUGCCGUUUGUGGGUUACCUCUCCCCCCCCCUUUUUUUCGCCGUCCUCUCCGGGUGGGAUUGGGAUUGGGAUUGAGGCGCUGAUAUGUGGGACAGGCGCAUGUUCAUUCUAGAAAGACGUUGGAAGCUCAGGAGACCACUGAUUAUCCGCUUUCGUGAGUUGGGGCGGCGGCAUGGGGAUUUGUUGUAGAUUCUUUGGGAUAGAGGUUGCUUUAAAAUCAAUUCAGGUUGACUGGCUCUUUUUUUUCUUUCUUUGAUCCUUUCUACGAAUUAUGGUAUAGCGGGCGGUAUAGCUAUGAAUAACUUGUAUGCCUUG